CUCCAUCGCCCUUCCGUGCGCAUCCAUCACCCUUCCGUGCGCAUUCCGUGCGCUCAUUCAUCUGGGCGCUCGCUGCCAACAGCCGCCUCUGCUUCCCUCGCGGGUGUUUUGUUCUCUCCCUCGGUAUAAGGAUAAAUAGUAUGAUUAUUAGGUGUCGUCUUUCUGACCGUCUUUCUAUGGAAAGUAAAGGGACUCAGAGUGUGGUGGUCUUGAGCAACUUCGACGAACGGGACACCUUUAGAGAAUCCUGAUCGACCUGCCGGCAUCCUGAAAUACUUGAAUAAGACAGGGGCAGAGUUCAUUGGUCUUGUCCAUUUACUACAUCUGUGCCCAGCAGCGACCCUCGCUGCUUCCUUCAUCUCCUCCAGAAAAAAAAACAGGCGUGAGGCUGGUUUAAAAUGGUUGGAUUCAAGCCCACCGACGUCCCUCCGACGGCUGCUGUGAAGUUCGUUGGAGCCGGGACAGCUGCCUGCAUUGCAGACCUGAUCACCUUCCCCCUGGACACGGCUAAAGUCAGGCUGCAGAUCCAAGGGGAGAACAAGGUGGCUGUGGAAGCCAGGACGGCGCAGUACAGAGGGGUCUUUGGCACCAUGGCGACGAUGGUGAAGAACGAGGGGCCCAGGAGCCUCUACAACGGGCUGGUGGCCGGCCUGCAGCGCCAGAUGAGCUUUGCCUCUGUCCGCAUCGGGCUGUACGAUUCGGUGAAGCAUUUCUACACCAAGGGCUCCGAGCACGCUGGCAUCGGCAGCCGACUUCUCGCUGGCUGCACCACCGGAGCGAUGGCUGUCGCCGUGGCCCAGCCGACCGAUGUGGUCAAAGUGAGAUUCCAAGCGCAAGCCCGGAUGGAAGGUGGCCGGAGGUACCAAGGGACCCUCGAUGCCUACAAGACCAUCGCGAGAGAGGAAGGGUUUCGAGGCCUCUGGAAAGGUACCUCCCCUAAUAUAACCCGGAACGCGCUUGUCAAUUGCGCUGAGCUGGUGACCUACGACCUCAUCAAGGAUGCUCUGCUCAAGUACAACCUCAUGACAGACAAUCUCCCUUGCCACUUCACCUCUGCGUUUGGAGCCGGCUUCUGCACGACUGUCAUCGCCUCCCCUGUCGACGUAGUAAAGACCAGAUAUAUGAACUCUGCCCCCGGCCAAUACGGAAGUGCCGUGAAGUGUGCCCUCGCCAUGCUGCGGAAGGAGGGGCCCCUCGCCUUUUACAAAGGCUUCACUCCCUCGUUUUUGCGGCUUGGAUCCUGGAACGUGGUGAUGUUCGUGACCUACGAGCAGCUGAAGCGAGCCAUGAUGGCGGCCCGCGGAUCCCGGGAGGCCCCCUUCUGAGCCAGCGGGCGGGCGCAUUUCACAGAUCUCACACAUACGCGCGCACAACGGAUCCUCGAUCUGGAUCUCCCCCUCGG